UUUAAAAUCUAAAAUUUGGAUGUUAGAUAUAGAAAACUAUAUAGCACAUGUUCAAAGUACAAGUUAGCUAUAUACAGAUGUUGUUUGUAUUGAUUUUAACCCACCCGUUUUCUCAUUACGUUAUCAUUAUGUUAUUAAACAAUUUAAUAGUAGGCUAGGGAAUUUUCUCUCAAUAAUUCAGAUUUAUGUACUUUUUUUUAAGUAAAUGUCAGUUUAUAUACAAACUUUAAAUAAAGUGAAUUACUGUAGCCUACUUUUAGAUUGAUGUAAUGUGGUUAUGUAGGCUACUUUUCGAUUGUUUAAAAAAUAUCUAUUAUAAGGCAAUUGUAAACAACAACAAGUAGUAGCCUAGUAGUAAUGAUAAAAAUAACAACAACAAUAAUAAUAAUAACAAUAAUAUAUUCUAGAUGUUCAUAAGCUACUAAAUCUCAUAUGCAGGACAGUCAGUCACCUGUUUCUAUCAUAAUCAAAACACAGGCUACAGAAAAGAUAAGAUUUGUAACUUUUAUUUUUAUUUCAUUCACAUUCAUCAAACGUUGUCCGAUCUCAUGAGCAGAACUGUUAAAAAGUCAAAGAUCAUUGCCGUUCAACUGGCAUUAUCGUCUAACUUAGCUGAGCUGUAGGCCUACAUCAUUAGCUUUGACGAUGAUCACGGUAUUUCUAAGGAAAAUAAUGAUCUUCGUCUUCGUUUUGUAGUAAUCUUAGCUUGCUUCAGGAGCUCCAAAUGUCAGAAUGGAGUACUACAGAUUUGUUCUGUCCCCUGACGAAACUCCACGAACCAUUUAGAGUGAAAAUACAGCCCUGUCUGUGCUUCUUGGAAAGAAGCAGACUACUUUGUUAAGAAAUAAAAACUAAAUGUUUGAAAUACGUUUAUGCUGGUCUGCAGUCACUAAAGUAAGGACAAUGAUUUAAAUAAAAACAAGUGAUGUUAACAAAAUAACAUAAAAAGACAGGAAUUAUUUGCACCGUUUAUGCUCUGUCCUGGUUCCGAAUAAUGUGCAAAAGCGUUCUUGAUGAACUUUGUGCUCGGGUCAGUGGGAAGUUUAGGAGGCAUGUUGAAAUGUAUGAGAAGCGAACAGACAGACCCUAGGGACCCUAGGCAGAUUCGCGUUGCGUCUCGCAACACCCCAGGGCUGUUUCUAGUUAUAGCAGGCAGGUGAAUACUCUAACAAAAAGGUCUAAACAACACAAGUCUGACUAAAGCUGUUCUUGAAACACGUUUACCCUUUUAAAUAUUUGACUUUCAUAAGUCACACUUGAUAAAGCACAUUACACAUCACAGCAACUGCACGUCAGAAUGAAGAUGUAUAAUGCGUCGCCUUGGCACUGUUCACUCAAAAAGCGGGCAACGUUGGCCUCUGUCCAAGAUCUCUUUCCACGAGUAUGGAAACAAAAUAAUAACACAGUUCGGCUCAUGUUAAAGUCGGAAAAAAAUGUGUGUGCUCCUUCAAAUUGUGGUUUUGGAGAGAACAAAGCAUUGGUGUAAGGGGGAGAAGCGGUCCCUGGCUGGGGUGAUUAAUUAUCUACAGGGCUUCACCACGUCUGUUGGAUGAGCUUUCAGCCUAAACACUCUGCUGCCGGAAAACAAGCACCAAAUGGUGGUAAAGAGAAGGCCCCUUUCGGGACGGGUCUUCUUUCUUUUGUUUGUUGAGGUAGACUUGAUAGAUCACUGCUCUAUAAAGAUGUCAGAACUGUAGCUUCGGCUCCUGUGACUCUUGUAACUAAAGGUUAUGAUGUCUAAAAUAGUACCUUCUGCACAGACACUGUUACAUAUGCACAUUCAUCAUUUUCAGUGUUUCAGUGUUGACACGAGCAAAUUCUAAGGUCAAAAAGAUCAUAUGCUUGGUAGUAGGUCCGCAGAUAACAAGAACUUCCAUUGAGUCUUGUUUGACUGAUACACUGUGAUCACCGAGAGAGGGCCACCUUGCACACACGAGUUCUUUAAAGGUAUUCAGUAACAGUAAUAUUUUUUUAUAGAGAGAGAGUUGGUAGCUAGCAGUUUGAUGGUAUAUUUCUAAAAGAUAAUGCCAGAUGGGAGAUAAAUCAAGGAAACUCAUUAUUUUUUAUUUAUUAAUAUCAUCAGAACGUCAGGUAUAGUUCUAUUGCAAAUGCAUUUGUUUCCUGUAACACUGGCACUCAAGAAGACUAUUGGUGUUAAGAGGUCCAAAUACUUGUGGCACGCUUUUGUAUAUGUGUGGCACAGCCCAUUAAGCCUACUCCCAAAACAAUAUUUUCCCAUAUGCUAAUCUGUGAUGUGCUUUUUUUCUGGUUAAAAAGGCUAAAAAGUAAGACAGAAAUUUUAAAUUGCGAGGAAGUAUUUCGAACACACUACUUCCAUCUUUGUGAUCCUCCUCAAAGGGGACUAACAGUAGUCUCUAUUAAUGAUUUACAGUUCAAAAAAGGUUUCCUUUUUAAUAGACACUUGGUCACGUGAGUGGGGCGCAUAAUAUGGUUGCGAUAUUAUGAUGAAGGGGGUGGAUGGCUUGGAACCCCGGUCUGCUGCUGUGCUGAUAGCGCUAGUCUACUUCACUAAAGUGGGGUUGGGUCAUUGUAGACUUGCUGGAAAGCCGGAGAGAUAGGGAUUGGAAAAAAUUAAAAGGAACGAAAGACCAUGGUACGUUUUGCGGAUGAUGUUAUACAGCUGUCAUGAACGGAUAUGUUUUCUACACAGAAAAAGACAGAAAGCCCUGCACACCAUGAGGAUGGAUUUUAUUUUGAGAUCUCCAAAUAAAUGAAUGUGCUCCAUCACUAAGCCUACGAGAGACUGUGUUUUGCUUAAGGUUCAUCCGUAAAGCCCAUUGGCGAAGAGGUGUCACGUGAUUACGCCGAGCCAAUGUUCUUCUACGAAGGUGUCAGGACCUUGUCAGAAAGUGAAAUAAACAUUGGGAAACGGCGAGAUGCAAAAAGCGACCUAUUGCGACGGCUCAGCAAUUUACAGUGGCUUUCCCUAUCAAAGCGCAAACGGUUUAGUUUAUGAUGCCAAUCAGCAGCAAUAUCUCCAGGCCCUUCAUGUGGAAAGUGAGUACCAUCAACAGGCCUGCUCCCUGCAGUCCCCAGGUGGCUCUGCAGCUCUGCAUAAACCCAGUGAAAUCUCCGAGGGGUGCCAACGAAGUAACGGGUCACAAGCUCCAGUACCAGACGUUCCCGACAACAACCAGCCCCCUACUGCCCCUUCUGGACCAUCUUCCCCCAGUUCCCUGAACCAAAUACCUAACAGUGAUACCACCGCCAAGAACCCAGGGCACGCAUCUCCACCGCCAGGCACAAGAAAACACAUUUUUCCGUGGAUGAAGGAAUCCCGUCAGAACACAAAGCAGAAAUCCUGUAGCACCAUUUCAGAGAGCUGCGCUGGAGACAAGAGUCCCCCCGGAUCGGCCGCCUCCAAGCGCGCUCGUACUGCAUACACGUCUGCUCAACUCGUGGAGCUGGAGAAAGAAUUCCACUUCAACCGUUACCUCUGCCGCCCCCGACGAGUGGAAAUGGCAAAUCUGCUCAAUUUGACGGAAAGACAGAUUAAGAUAUGGUUUCAGAAUCGCAGGAUGAAAUACAAAAAGGACCAGAAGGGGCUAGGAAUGAUGCCCUCUCCUGGAGCACAGUCUCCUCACAGUCCCGUUGCCUUAUCAUCUGGUGGCGGAGGAGGGGGUGGGAGUGCAUAUUUAAAUUCAAUGCAUUCUCUGGUUAAUAGCGUGCCCUACGAUUCACCCUCUCCAGCAUCGUACAACAAACCCCAGCCUAAUGCAUACAGCCUACCUACGUCAUAUCCACCUCCUCUGAAUAACUGCCCGCCUCCUCAGAAGCGGUAUCCGGGGACCGGCACAGCCACACCGGAAUACGACACGCAUCAUCUUCAAGGCAACAACAAUUACGGGACGCAAGUGCAGGGUAGUCCGGUUUAUUUAAGUGGUGGUGGAGGCUACUCGGAUUCUUUGGUGGGGAUGGGGGCCUCGGUAUUUGGCCUGACACAUCUACCGCAUCCACCUCAAGGCAAUAUAGACUACAACGGCGCUAUCACCAUGGGAAAUAGCCAUCAGCAAGGGACUUGCGAACCAAACCCAUGCACAUUCACAGACAUUACACCGCACUAUUCUCAGGGAAGAAUUCAGGAAGCGCCCAAACUGACGCAUCUAUAGUGCCGACACAAUGUAUGUCUGUCCCAGUCCACGUGACACAUUUGCUCUCCGUGUCUAACUGCGUUCUCCCGUUCUCAACCACCUAUAGCUGCGUAUAUUUGGUUCAUAUUGGUUUCCCGACAUAGCCUCAGGUGAAGAGACCUUGUUGUUGGUUAUGCUUAAUACAUAGAAAAGGAAAUCAAAGUUCCUCAAAGCUCAAAUGUCUUGACAUCAUGGGAAUAUCUAGGCCUGUAUUGUUUUGAUGAAAUAGGAAACAGGGUAUCAGAACACAUAUUAGAAAAAGUUUUUAUUUGUAUUUUAAGUCUUCAAAAUUCUCCUCGGUUCACGAUUUAUUUUCUGUUUUGCAUUUUGCACUUGAGGAAGGAUGCAUAUGAACAAGAUUUUUUUUUAUUCAACAGUCUUAUACAGUGUGGGCUCGUGUCUUUUAGGUCUUUCAAAUGUAUUUAUUUGUUUCCAUGGACAGUAGAUUUUGUUAUUCAGCCCACAUCAUGCAGAUUCCUCCAGUUAUGUCAGUGCUGAAACAAGUGCUAACAGCAAGAUUGUUCAUCAAAGGUCAAUGUGUUCAAAUAUUAAUCGAUGUGUGCAAAUGUUAGUCAUAUGUUGCUUAGACAUUCGAAAGAGACAACGAUCAAAAGCUUUUUAUUAGUUUGAAAUCCGACAUGUCAAACAAUUAAUGCUGCUCCAUUUCUGAAGAAAUAAAAGACACUAAUUGACUUAAGUGUUUGCCUUCAUAGUAUAGGUGUUACACAACAACAACAAAAAAAAACAUCAGAGAAUUAUCAAUAUAAUGAAAAGUGGAUCAUUUGCUCAGCUCUUUGGUUCAAAUUCAGCAAAAUGAAAAUAAACUUGCAUAUUAUUAAAACUAAUGAAAGACAUUUGGAAAUAGGGAGAGACAACCAAAUACUGAUGGAUGUACUGAGUAAGAGUGGUACACCGUCAUUUCCUGCAGUCUUGCAGUUUGUAAAAAAGUGCAAGAAAUCCCAUCCAUUGUCGUGACUGUCUCCUACAGUCCUCCACCAGUGCCUGUGGCAGAGAAAAAACUCUUUAAAACUGGCUUUAAAACUCUGAAAUGCUCAAGCCCAGUCCUCCUUUAGACCAACAACAGUGCAAUGUAUAAAAGACAGAUGAAACAUUAAGCAAUAGGGAGAAAGAAAACACACAUUACACACACACACAAAAAAAACACAUCAAUGCAAAAUUCUCUGGAACAACUGGUAUUUUAAGUCUAAAUCUAGAGACUCAAUUUUUAAUAUCAAUAUUGUUGUUCCAUAAUUUCACUUUACAUGAAAUUACGCUAAACUAAAUUACUAAAAACCUUGUUGUGUAGUACACUGGUUAAAAAGAUAAUUGCUAUUAAAAAAAAAAAAGCAAAUAUAAUAAAAAAAAUCACUAUACGUCUUUUUAGUCUAUUUAGCCCAUAAAAUUAAAUUACUGCCGUCUUAAUGUUAUAAAUAAAUGCAAAACUUGGAUUUUGUAGUUUUCUGUAAAAUGCCCUAAUAUAGCAUAAUGUUAGCAGAAGCUUGCGUGAGGCAAAUCAAUUUAGGACAUGUUAACCCAAGAUGUGGUUAUGGGUUUCAUGGGAAAAAAACAAGGCCAUGUUUUCACCAACUUGGAAUGAGUGUCAUCUCCCCGUGCUGUAUAACCAGUAUAACACUACGCCGCAAUGAAAUGAACGCUUCCUUUCAUUUAUCAAAUUAGGCUGGCUAUGGAAUAUGAAAUAAAUUUAUUCUUCGAAAGCAAAUUACUGAUCUCCUUAUGUAAAACUGAAAAUGCCAGGUCACUUUUAGUCUGUGUUUAUGAGCGAGAGGAGCUUUUUCCAGCCUCUCCUCUCGUUCUAGGGUUUGUUUCUCGUAGAGUUAGAAGGUUUAAAUGUGUUGUGGGGGCAUGAGGCUGUCAGACCUUUUGGCAAGUAAGAUUGAUCGCCGUGCAUGCUUCUAGAACUCUUUGUUUAGUAUAUAGGCUAAGCACUGAAGCUACAAACGACCAAAGUAAAAAAAAAAAAAAAAUCCCCUCCCU